AUGUCGCAUUCUACAAGAGUAAGCGCUGGCCACAAAGCUGCUUUGCACAACCCAAAUGUCUCUGAUGAGACUAAGCAACAUGAAAGAGAAUAUCUCGAAAAUGAAGGCGUUGAUGAGACUUCCACCUCACACGGAUCCUCACACAGGUCGGGAAACAAAGACCCAAAAAAUGUUGAAAGAGGAUAUAAGGCUACCACUCACAACCCAAAUGUGUCUGAGGAUGCCAAACAGCAUGCUAAGGACGAACUCGAACACAACGAGAAAUUUCACAAUUAUCAGCAUUGA